UGUCGCAGCCAGAUCGCAGAGUCUUCAAUCAAACUGAGUCGAGGAAUUCAUUCCUGCCGAAAAGCUCCACAUUCCUCACUUUUUCCGAGUCUUUGCCAUCAUUACAAGCCGAGUUGCAGAAGAUCGUGGCGAUACCAUGUCCACUGGGUCGGUGAGCGAUGUAGAAGACCUCCAGGAAAUGGAGGUGCCGGGAACAGAGGAGGAAUGCGAUGGGAUAAAGAGAAAAUCGACCAAGGGUUUCUGCACCUCCAACGACAGCAACGAAGAUAGCUCCAACUAUGAACACGAGUCCCCAAAGAAGGGCAGGGGGGCAUCGGGAAAGAGCCGCAAGACGGCUUCCAAGAAAUCUUCUCUGAAUGGGGUGACCCAGGAAGGGAAACAGAUUCAGCGGAACGCAGCGAAUGCCAGGGAGAGGGCCAGGAUGAGGGUGCUCAGUAAAGCCUUCUCCAGGCUCAAAACCACCUUACCCUGGGUGCCACCAGACACAAAACUCUCCAAGCUCGAUACCCUCCGGCUGGCAUCUAGCUACAUUGCCCACCUGAGACAGAUCCUAGCCAACGACAAGUAUGAGAAUGGCUACAUUCACCCAGUCAACCUGACGUGGCCGUUUAUGGUGGCAGGGAAACCAGAGAAUGAGCUAAAAGAGGUUGUGAACACGGGCCGUUUGUGUGGGACAACGGCGUCGUGACUAAGAGGAAAAUAACCGUUCAAACAAAAGCCGGAGGAUAAACGAGAAACCGAAAACGGGAAAGAUUGAGCGAAGAGGCGGCCGGAGCCCUGUCAUCAUCUCAGCCUGGGCUCUGUCACCAGAGAGCGUCCUUCCACUCCUAUCAUGUCGAUACUGUUCCAGUACUUUGCUGGUCAAAGUGCCAAAGGGAUUUUUACGCCUUCAUUUAUAAUUGUGACAGAUUUUAAUGUUGUCGUGCAAGAUAAUGUAGGUAUGUUGAAUUUCUGAGCUGACUUUGAUAGUCGCUGUGUAAGGAAGCAACAUAUAAAAGAUAUAUAUUUUCUUUAACCACAGGUCAUUUCAAGUCAUGUAAAUAAAAGUUGGCUUUAUAUUUAAACGUC